UGUGGCGGAUUUUUGGGCUCGCGUCUAUUGGGAGGCCUAUAAAAAGCAAUUGUCGAACGGCCACAGAACCACAGAUCGAGUUCAUUUGUCAGCCGUGUAGCAGCAACCGCCAGUUCACUAGUUCUCCAUAUCUCCAUCUAAAUCCAAAGCAAGCAAUCCAGAAUGGCCCACAAGCUGAUCCUCGUCCUGAGCGCCCUGGUGGCGGUGUCCUCCGCCGUGGUCGUUCCCGGUCCCGGACUGGCCCCGCUCGGCUAUCCCGCGUAUCCCGCCGUGGCGAAGGUGGCGGUGGCCAAGGUGGCCGCCCCCGAGCCCUACGAUCCCAAUCCCCAGUACAGCUUCAGCUACGACGUUCAUGAUGGAUCCACUGGCGAUGUGAAGAGCCAGCAGGAGAGCCGCAGCGGUGAUGUGGUGCAGGGCGCCUACUCCCUGAUCGAAGCCGACGGCACCCGCCGUAUUGUGGAGUACACCGCCGAUCCGGUGCACGGAUUCAACGCAGUAGUGCACCGCGAGGGAGCCGUGGUGAAGGCGGUGGCUCCGGUGGCCAAGGUUCUGGCCCCGGCCCCGCUGCUUCAUGCCGCCCCCCUGGUGGCCAAGGUGCCCGCCUAUGCUCCUGCCCUGGCCCCCGCCUACGGUCCCGCCCUGGCCCAUGGAUACGGACCGGCUUUGGCCCCCGCCUACGGACAUGGCUAUGGACCGGCCCUGCCGAAGCUGGCCCUGCCCGCUCUGCCCGCCCUGUCGCACCUGGGCUACCACUAAGUCAACGGAUCGAACGCAAACGGAUUGAGAUAUACGACAAAUGCCGACCUCUUGCCGCUCCCGAACAAUGGACACAUCGCGACCAACUUCUCCUGCCACGUGGCCUCCAGUUGAGUGCCGGCCACGGGCCGAUCGUAGUCGAUAGUAGUUGUAGUAUUAGUUGA